AUGAUAGAUAAGAACUGGAUUUUCCAAAAGGAUAGAUUAUCGGAGGGGUUUUUCAAUGGACUUAAAAAUUUUCUCAAAUUAUCAUCCUUUCACUUGAAUGAUGAAAAUAAGAUUCGAUGUCCAUGUGUUUCAUGUAUGAACUUAUACUAUUAUGACUUGGAGACGAUUGAGCGCCAUAUAUUUGUAAGAGGAUUUUAUACAAAAUAUGUUUUAUGGGAGUUCCACGGGGAAGAUAUCACAGAAAUACACGAGGAUGAAGAGAAUGCAGAAUCAAUCGUUGAGGAAGACAACACAUUAUAUGAUAGUGAUGAUGAAGAUGAUGACGACAUGAUACCAGCAUUAGAGGAUUUGGCUAAUCAAUCUCAUAGAAAUAGUGAGUUUGUGAACCUUGGAGAUUCAAAUGGCGACAACAAUGCAAGGAAUUCAUUACCUAACUUAUUUGCUGAAGCUGAAAAGGAGUUGUACCCCGGAUGCACAGUAUUCUCGAGCUUAACAUUUAUUGUUAAUCUAAUGCACAUUAAAGUGAUGUGUGAUUGGAGUAACAAAUCAUUUGAUCUGUUGUUGGACUUACUUUGGAAAGCAUUUCCCAAAGACAAUAAGAUUCCACGGUCAUAUUACGAGGCUAAGAAGAUGUUGCGUGAUCUUGGUUUAAGAUAUGAAACCAUUCAUGUAUGUAAGGACAAUUGUGCUUUAUUUUGGAAAGAGAAUGAAAAUGCUGAAAGAUGUCCUGUAUGUGAUCAUGAACGAUACAAAUUUCAAGGAACUAAAGGCAAGAAGAUCCCAUACAAAAAGAUGCAAUAUUUUCCCAUAACUCCACGUCUACAACGACUUUUUAUGUCUCGCCAUACAUCAACUGAUAUGAGGUGGCAUAAGGAAGAACGUGUUGAUACUGAUGGUGAACUUAGACACCCAGCUGAUGCAGAAGUCUGGAAGGAUUUCGAUCGACAAUAUCCUAAUUUUGCAAAAGAAACUAGAAAUGUUAGGUUGGGAUUUGCAACAGAUGGAUUCAAUCCAUUCGGUGAUUUAUCAAACGCACAUAGUAUGUGGCCAGUGUUGCUAAUGCCAUAUAACAUGCCUCCAUGGAAAUGUAUGAAACGAGAAUUCGUAAUGAUGGCAUUACUAAUUCCAGGACCCAGUGCUCCAGGCAAAGACAUAGAUGUCUUUUUACGACCUCUAAUUGAUGAGCUCAAGGAAUUAUGGGAAAAUGGGGUGCGUACUUUUGAUAUUGUUGACCAAGAAUAUUUUACAAUGCGUGCUGCAGUAUUAUGGACGAUUAAUGAUUUUCCAGCAUAUGGUACUGUGUCUGGGUAUAGCACUCAAGGGUAUAAGGCUUGUCCUGUUUGUGAGGAAGACACAUCUUCAUUUCGAGUAAGAGGAAAAACAUGUUUCAUGGGUCAUCGUCGAUAUUUGAGUCUGAACCACCAAUGGCGCAAGGAUAAAGAGUACGAUGGCACAAUUGAAAGACGUUCGGCUUCCAAGAAUUUUAACGGAGAUGAAAUCUUGGACAAAGUAAACUGUUUAUGGAAAUGUAGGCCAGGGAAAAAUGAUAAGAUCAUUAAGGAAGAUAAGCAACAAAUGAAGGAUGCAUCUUAUGAAAACAAAACAAAGUUUGGAGGCGAAAAAGUAUUUUGUGGGAGUUAG